UUUGUCUGUUGACUCUAAAUGACAUAACCAGAUAACCACUGUUACGAGGUUAUAAAAUAGUUUCAUGUUGAAUUAUUUUUCCAAAAUCAUUCAAAUAUAUGUUUCAUUAUAAUGAAUACUAGAGCACUAUUACACUUAAAAACUUCCUUUAUAAAUUUGUGUUGUAAAAGUUAUUUACAUAACAAUGUAGCAAGCGUUACCAAGAUACACAGAGAUAUUUACGCUAGAAUGUAUCCUACAAGAGUUGUAUUGUCUGAUGGUGCUUCUAUUAAUGUACGAUAUCAUGAACCGAGAAAAAUUAUUAAGCUGCCACUGGAUUUGUCACAAUUAACUGAAGAAGAGCGUAAAAUGAGACUAGAAAAGAGGAAACCAAAGAAGAAAGUUAAAAUUACUGAUGAUAUUGAAGAUGACUUUAAUGCCAAGAAAUAUUUAAAAUACAUAAAAAAGAAGUAGAUGCCAUAAGCAUUUCAUGUUAUUAGGUUUUAGUUAAUUAUAAAAUAUAAAAUUAA